CGAUCAGCAACUCGCUCUAGGCUCGCCUAGACGUACAGCUAUCGACCUCGGCUUUCUAUCACGGCCAGACAACCAGCAACUGAUCGUGCUUGUAGUGUGCGCACCGACAGAGUUUGCUAUCGGUCGUGGUCCCGGGCGGUCAUAUCAUGGCGACGGAAUCGCAGGAAGACAAGCUCGCACGUCAAGCUCGUCUAUCGAAAGCUCUCUCGGCAGCCUACAUAUCUCAUCAGAUCACACAGCUCGAGGAUAAAGUACAAGGCGGUGAAGCUGGAAAGCGGUCAGGAUCCCCGUCGACCAACAGGCGAGGCGGUCGAGGUGGUCAGCGAGGGGGCCAUCGCGAUGGUCGGGGAGGCAGCGGAGGAGCAGGUAGAGGUCGCGACCGAGAACGAGGUCGUGGAGGGCAAGGGCGUGGAGGACCCGAUAGGGACAGAUGUCGAGAGCAACAAUCUCGCCGGGUCGUCCUCGACACCUCGGCGCUUCUCUUCGCCCUCCCUCGAGUUCGCAACUUGAUCAAGAAUCAAGCCGAGGUGGUCGUCCCUCUCGAAGCACUCAACACGCUCGACCUGCUCAAGAAAUCCAUGCAUUCCCUUAGCGUCAAGGCUCGUCAGGCGACCCGGUUCAUCGAGGACGCUCAGGAGAAGACUCGCGAUCAAGCUCGGCAGGAGGGCAACCUGGACGAUUUCGAACCUGGAGAGUUUAGGCAGGGGUUGUGGAUUCAGGACGAGCUGGAGACGGACAAUAACCUCGGCUGGGAACCUUUGGCCGAGAUCAGGGCGGACCAAGACGACGGGGUCGGGAUCGGAGACGAUGCUCAUGACCCGCAGGGGGAAGAAGCGAUGCCAAACUUUGUCGCUUCGACGCUUCAAUGUGCCUCGUACUUCCGACAUGUGUGGGAGUUUCCGGAGGAAGCACCGAUCUUGGUCAUUUGCCCUGAAACGCAGAAUACGAUGGAGGACGGGGUGAAAGAGGAAGAAGCGUCGCACAUCGUCAGAUUCGGUGAUAGGGCACGAGGACACGCCAUGAAGCAAUGGGCCGAGAUCAUGGGCAUCGGAUGUCUCGAUUUUACGGUGGCUCCCGCGGUUCAAGGACGAGACCAUAAAGGCGGGAAUGGCCAAGGGAGGGAAAAUGGGAGUCGAAAUGAUGGGAAAGCGAACGUGAAGCGCGACGGAACCGCGGUCGACGGGUCCGGACAUGGGUCACAGUCGGGUCGUCCCGCGACCAGGAUCCCUGCGUCUGCCGGCCAGUCCGCGCAGCCUAUCAAGCUGCUCCGGCCCGAAGUCUCUGCGAUCCGCCCUCAAUCUCCAGUACCGCCUGCUUCGCCUCAGAAGCAAUCCUCCUCGCCUGCGCGCGGCGGUGGACUCACAAAGGAAGCGUUGGAGCGUAGCCAGGCGAUCCUCGAAGCGCAAGAGAUGGAAGAUGCUGCCAGACGUCGAGAGGCGAGCGAGAUGCACCGCGUUCAGAACGAGCAAAGACGCGGUCUCGAGCGUUCGACACCCGGAUUGAUCGUUCGCCCUGCCGCUGCAGGAGGAGCACCCAUUUCCCUGUUGACGCGUCCCAGGGCACAGGAUGCUAGGGGAUCUCCGGGUGGUCAUGGUCGUGCGCCUGCCAAGAUGGACAAGGAUGGGAUCAAGCUCCUCCGUCCGGAUCCCAAUCAGCCGGUCGCGGUCCUCCCUCGUCAACCCAGUCGAGGUUCCGCUAAGGCGAACGGGAAAUCGGGCAAUCCGCCUCAGGCAAAAUCGGUUGCUCAGGCGAAAGAGAGAGCUCCUCCUUUUGUCCUGCUACAACGACCUAAAUGAGGAAAGACAGUCGAGCAGUCCACCCCUCUUGGGAUGGAGCUUGCGGAACUCUGAUUAUAGGCGACAAGUCGAUAGUACCUGUCAACCAAAUAGGUCUUGUAGGGCGCGCCAAUCGUGGUCGCAAGAAGCAAGCAACCUGCUGGACUUGCCAGUCGACCAUACAGGCGCUGGCUGGGACAGUUUUGGCAGUCUGGAAGAGGAUUUUGGGUUGCUUGACAGUAGACACAGCCUACAGAAGGAUACACCUAAGGGCUGUCUGAGGCGGAGGAUCACUACAGCUUCACAAGUCAGGCCACCAACGCGGCCCCACUAAAGACGACGUAAUUGCGCAUCCGAGCGAUAAGUAACAACAAUCUGUAGUUAUUCUUUCAGACA